AUGGUCUCGUCGGCAGAAAACAGUCUUGUAUGCGCAUCCAGCAGCAACUUACUCACACAACUCUUCGCCAUUUCCCCUCCCGCCCCACUGUCAUCAACAUCCAUUUUAUCAUCAUCCUCGUCAUCAUCAUCUUCGUCCUGGGAUGUGGUCCAUCCCAUAACAUUCCCAUCCAAUGAAUGCCAAUCGUCUAAAAUCAUGUGCGAAAGUAGCCAGCAAUGUUGUCACAUCGACUGCUUAUCCAGUACGCACUGCAAACAUUUUUAUUCUUCAGAAUGCACCGAUGCUCAAAUCGAAUGUGCCAUGGGAAAUGUUUUCAGAUACACGAUUGAACCCAAAUUUUUGAGAGUCGACGAUCAUUACAGAUGUCAUUUAAAGAAGAAGCUCUUGCGCAAAUUCAUCAAACCCGUUGCAUUUGAGACCGCUAGUCGAACAGGGUCAAAUAUGCAAAAAUAUGUUGGGAGCUGCUAUCUGAACAGAAAUAAAGUUUUGAUUGGAGGCUGCCAUACGUGA